GUACAAAAAAAAUUUAUUUUCUUUGGGACCGUUUGAGUGUUAGUAAACUUCCAAACGGACUACAAUGGAUUUAUGUUUAAGUGCAAUUUUUAUGUGUCAAAUUAAAUUCGGUGAUUUCAAAACCACAUACUCAGGCACUUACUCGUGUGUACUUAUGCUCAUAUAUACGUAUUUAAACGCAGCUCUGUUGAAUUUCUCUACAUUUUCGCUAAUGUAUUGAGCCAGAGCAGAGUGAAAACGUUGAGUGAAGGAUGCUCUGAAUUCAGUUGGUGGCGAACUUUCUGGCGUUGAAGUCAGCGAAUUAUCGCCCACAUUUGCAAACAGUGAUAUCAAUUACAUGCCGAGCGCACAACUUAUUCGAGCGCACCAGAACGCUUAGCCAGUGAUGAGCCUGUCAAACGCAGUGAAGAGGCUCAACCCAUGUAAACCAACACCUGGGCUUCCCAUACAUUAAUUUGAAGCAGCUUUUGACCGAGCCGUUUAAACUCCAACGAACCACACAAACAUACACUUAGACACAUACAUUUGUAUGCACAUACACGUACAUUUUAUAAAUGCAAAUCCAAAUACAAAUAAAAGCGAAACAGACAAGCAAAGAAGCUGAGUUGAGAACAAUACACAACUAAGCCUUUGAUAAAUUACGUUGUGUCCUGCAUGAGCCAAGAGUGCCCAUCAACGUGUAUGUUGGUCAGUAUUACUUAUAGUAGAAUAAGCUAUUCUUGUGCGGCUUAUCGGCAACGAUGGAAGCGAAUGAAUGAAUCUUUUAAAAUCCAUUAAUCGCAUAUAUGUAUAUAUGUACAAAAACCGUUAGAUUGGAUUUCGAAGUGAAUCGAAAGUGGAAAAAUAAUUAACAGUGCUCGACGUGGCGACCGGCUAAUGGGACCAACAGGAGGCAUCACAAUAAAUAUUCAGCAAACCGAAAGAUUUCAGUGGUAUUCAUUUUAAAAUAUUUGAAAUUGAUCUCGGUGUUUGCUAUUAGAUUUAAAACAAGUUUAAAACAUCAAAAUUGGCAUAUACACAAAAUAAAAUGGCGAUGGAAUGGAUAACAGCGAUGGACAAACGUCCUUGUGAUCGGAAUUUACGGGAUGUUGAAUUGAUAUCCUGCCGUCUGCGACGUGUGGAGCCAUUGUGCCGCCUGCCCAGCUCGGCAUUACAGCAAUUGGCCAUGUGCGGCUUCUAUGAAGACUUGGAGAAAGGAGUGACUUUAUUUCGUGCCGGUGAACAAGGUCGCUUUUGGUACGCGGUUCUUGGAGGUUCGCUUGAAGUUCGUUACCAUGCUUCCGAUGCCGAUGCCAAAGCACCAGUAACAUUGUGCACCCUUGGUGUCGGAGCCACAUUUGGUGAGAGCAUUUUACAUGAUCUACCACGAGACAGCACUGUCGUCACGAAAACAACCUGUGAGCUGCUUCGUGUAGAACAACAAGAUUUUCGGCUGAUCUGGGAGAAGAAUAAAGAAUUGAUAAAUGACAUUAUUACCACAUGUAAAUUAAAAAAUGGUUUCGGCUCCGGUGUUUCUCCAGUAGCAUCGUCACCAACUAAGCGCCCUUUAAGCCCAGAUCAUCCAAAUCCCGCAUUGCCAAUUUCCGAGUCUCCGAGUCCUGCUAUGAACCGCAUGGGAAGGGCUUUACGUACACUUCUCCUUGCUGACAGUUCAAGUUGCCUGAAAGAUAGGAAGGUUGCUGGAAAACUCAUUCGGAAAUGUGCACCAGGUACGGAGUUAGUGGAUUGGCUGCUGAAUUUGUCACCCAUCGUUCACACACGAGCCCAGGCAGCUGGCAUGUGGCAAGCACUGCUCGAAGAAGGCGUACUCUCACACGUAAAUAAAGAGCAACCUUUCAAGGAUAAAUGUUUCUUGUAUCGGUUUCGUGUUGAUGAGGAUAGUGCGACUAGCAGCUACUCAACGUCUGAGGAUAUUAAUACAGCUAACGAGCAUAUUCGUGAGUCUAUUAGCGCACUUCUCCAACGCGGACCUGAUGCCACACUACGAAUGAUUUUGCGCAAACCAUCACACGAACGUACACCUGAAGAACUGGAAUUAAUUUUUGAAGAGCUCUUACACAUCACAGCUCUUUCGCAUUUGUCCACAAGCAUUAAGCGAGAGCUCUCCUCAAUUAUUGUUUUUGAAUCACAUGCCCAGGCUGGAACUAUUCUAUUUAAUCAGGGUGAUGAAGGUCGGUCAUGGUAUAUUUUACUCAAGGGCUCCGUGGAUGUUGUGAUACACGGCAAGGGCACUGUGGCUACUCUGAAGAAUGGAGACGAUUUCGGCAAACUCGCAUUAAUUAACGACGCACCCAGAGCUGCUACGAUCGUGUUAAAAGAAAAUAAUUGUCAUCUUCUACGUGUUGAUAAGGAGCAUUUCAACCGUAUUUUACGCGAUGUUGAAGCCAACACGUUAAGACUACAGGAGCACGGCAAGGACGUAUUAGUAUUGGAGCGAGUAGCUAAGCAACGGGGUCAACAUUCGGCAUUUAAAUAUACGGUCAUGUCAGGAACACCAUCAAAGAUAUUGGAACAUUUGCUGGAGACUCGCCUCGGUAACCAAGUGAGCAGCUUGGACCCCUUCUUGGACGAUUUCUUAUUAACCAACAUGGUUUUCAUGCCAGUUAUUCAACUUGUGGAUGAAUUAGCCAAUUAUUUCCAUUGUGAUGUGAAUGAUGCGGCACAAACCCCCGAAGACCGGGAAUAUAUUAUUAAUUUCAAGAAGCGCGUUAUACAGUUCAUGCAUAAAUGGGUGCUGGUCGCGCGACAUACCGCAUUGGAUGAGCCUUGUGUCUGUGAUUUUAUUGAGGAAAUGGCCCUGGAGGUAGAGGCUAAUCCGGAAUUGAGUGAGGAAACAAGCAAUAUACACAAUCUGCUUACACAAAAAGCUCGAUAUCAAGAGGACCGUAAGCAAAAUUCUGCACAGAAAUGGAAGCUGCCACCAAAUGGUCAACCCGUGUGCUUGUUUAGCGGCAAUACAACAUCGUCGAGAAAUACUAUGCAUCCCGACGACGAUAUUAUCUUCAGAGUAUACUGCGCUGAUCACACCUAUUGCACAUUACGCUUUCCCCUGCACACAACCGCCGAAAUAAUUAAAGCAUGUGCCGCUGAGAAGCUACAAUUAAAUAGAGGUGCUGAGGAUCUAGUUUUGGUCGAGGUUAAAUCGAAUGGAGAGCGUGCAGUCUUCAAAGAUAACGAUGUUAGCAUUCCCACAGGACUCAGCUUAAAUGGACGACUUUUUGUGACAGUCAAAGAUCACGUGGACGCCGUGACACCACUUCCAGAACAAGAAGGUCCCACUGAAGGUAUAGACAUUGAUCUGGAAAUUUUAAGCACUAAAGACUUAGCUUUCUACAUUACAAUCUAUGAUUGGGAUCUUUUUUGGGUAGUACAUGAGUACGAGCUUCUCUAUCGAACAUUUGGAAGACAUCACUUUGGCAAAAUCACCGCCAAUCUGGACGUGUUUCUACGUCGCUUCAAUGAACUGCAAUAUUGGAUCGUAACCGAUAUCGUUUCCGCAAGCAGCAUGAGCAAACGCGUCGGAUUAUUGAGAAAGUUCAUUAAAUUAGCAGCAUACUGCAAGGAAUAUAAUAAUUUGAACGCUUUCUUUGCCAUCGUUAUGGGUCUUUCAAAUAUGGCAGUUUCGCGCUUAACUCAAACCUGGGAUAAAAUUCCUUCGAAAUUUCGCAAGUUAUUUCAGGAAUUCGAAGCCCUCAUAGAUCCCAGCCGUAAUCAUCGAGCUUAUCGUGUUUACGUUGGUAAACUACAGCCGCCUUUGAUUCCGUUUAUGCCACUUUUACUCAAGGAUAUGACUUUCGCCCAUGAGGGAAAUAAAACCAGUUUGGAUGGAUUGGUUAAUUUCGAGAAAAUGCACAUGAUGGCCCAGACCAUGCGCACAAUGCGUUACUGUCGCUCGCGAACCAUAAAUCACUUCAUAGGUCUUGAUCCACCAUCACCCAAGAGUGAAGGGGAUGCGCGAUCGUAUAUUUGUUGUCUGCGCGCAAUUGACAACCAACGUGUUUUAACAGCCAUGUCACAAAAACUCGAACCAACACGCAAAGUCUAAAGUAAAUAAGGAAACACAAACAAUCAAUAACACCAUAGAAAUGAAACAAAUUCAUGAAAAGUCGAGCUGCAAAUCCGUGAAGAAGUAUUCAUGGUAAACUGUGUUCGCAAUAUUUUAAGAGAUUUUGUUCAACGAAUUUUCUGAUUUUCGUCUGUCUCUUAGUUUUAGUCUUUGAUACUCCCUUUGCUCAAAGGUCCUCAAUGAAAUUAUAUGACAAUUGGAAUACUUUUUAUCGACAAAAGCUCAUAUUUAAAAGUAACUUGGAUCCAUUUCUCCAAAUGCCUGGAAUUCAUCUUUAGCAAUUUGUUUUUUUUUUUCUUGCAAUUUUUUCAAUGAUAAUCUGAUAUAAUGACAAUAUCUCAAAAAAAUCAAGUAACAGAAUGAAAAUUUAAGAGCACAUCUAAUCAAUAUUUGAACACUACUUCACAACUAUCCAUGUAUACGUGCUCUUUGGAAAUUUUCAAUAGAUGGAAGGAUAUUCCCAACAGCGAUGCUUAUCAUAUACUGGAAUAUGCAUACAUAAAUUUCUAAAUAUGCCCCAAUAGUGAUCCACUGAAUAAAUGUAGAUUAUUGCAAUUCUGCAAUAAUUUUAAAACUACCAAUCUUCGGCGUUAUGUAGGCGGCGACAAAAUUGUAUUUCAGGCCUAUUCUCACUGUUACCGGUAAAGCAAAUUUUGUUGGCCUGUUGAAGUCUUCUAAACUAUUGGAUUGCAAGUUGUUUUCUUAAAUAUUACUUAAUUACUUACAAGAGUAUCAAAUCAAUUGCCAACGCAUGCUUUUUGUGGAUAAUCCAUAUUUUAUACUAAUUUACUUGGGCAAUGGCUAAUUACUGUUGAGUUGCUUUAAACAAAGGCCAAAGGAUAAACUACUGUCACUAGAGAAAGCGCCUCAUACCAUAAGCCUUGCACCACUGAAGUUCUGUUCAUAGAAAGAACCGGUACCCAAAAAAAUUUUCUUCCCCGGAAAGCUGUACGGAACUGCGGUGAUGGAAGCUCUGUGGUGUGUGGCGCUUUUUCUAGUUGUGGCAUUCUUCCCUUGACCUUUUAUUCACUGCCCGAUAAUCAUUUAUUCACAUUUUGGAAAAGAAACCAGAACAAAUGGUGUAUUUUCAUUGAAGAUAACCCCGCUGUUAUGGUAAUAGGUUAGCAAAGGUUUAGUGGAGUGAUAAUGGAGUAGACUUUCUUAGGUGUCCUGCUUGGUUUUCUAAUCAAUUCCGUCUAGAAUCUUUGAGUCUACACGCACUUGUAAUAGUUCAAUGGUAUGCAGGACUUAAAAAGGGCAGUCUUCUAGAAUGAUUUUUCCUUGGACACCCUCAAAACUGAAAUAUCCCACGUCUUAAACAAAAUAGCAGUUCUGAAAGGGAAAUGGUAGUUCUUAGAUAUAUAGUAAAACAAAAUAGAUAAAAUUAGAAAUAAAAUACUCUAAUUAAUUUUUCGUGGUGAUGAUGAGGGGAUGGAAAAGCUAGAUUUCGCUUUUUUCUACAUAACGCCGAAAUAUAGGUCUAACAACUAGGAAAAAAAUCUGUUUUUCACACGUUAUUUACUUUUUCAAAAUAUUUAAUUGCCACACAGUCAGUAAUUUUGAAGGAAUCGUUUGUAUGUAUGGAGUUAUAUGUGCAUAGAUAUGCAUAUAUAGAUAAAAAUCUGCUCAUAUUGAACUAAGCAGUGAACGUAUUGUGAUGACUAAAAUCGGACUAAUGUGGACUCAAACUUACAAUAAAAUGACAACACGAAUUUGGGCUAAAAUAACAAAACAUUUAGAUUCAAUUUCUAUCCCGAAUAUUGUUUCAAGUCCAUUUAAAAUAAAAUAAAUAAAAAUAAAACUAUUUUCGAUAUAUUUGUAUUCUAUAAUGCUAUUAUAGAAUACUUUCGAAAGCUUUUAAUUUAUUUAAUUUUUUUGUUGUUGUAAAAUUCCAUAAAUG